GCGACCUGCGCAGUAGUUUUUUUGACAUGUUCGCAAGGUGAGCCGGAUGGCAGAAGCAAAUUUAAUAAGAGAGGGCUUCCUGUGCCCCAUUUGCCACAAAGAUUUGCGUUCACCGAACAACCUCAUAGCCCACUUCCAAGAUUUACAUUCCGAAGAACAAGACAUUCUAAAAUCCAUAAAAGAUUUAUACGGUAAAGCUAAGAAAAAGAUAUUAAAAUUAGACGAACAAGACUUGGAAACUUUUAAAAAUGAAAUCACUUUAGAAAAGUAUUAUUUAGAAAUAAGCGAACCUCAAGAACCUGGUCAGAUCCGGACUCAUACUGAUUAUUUCAAAGCCGUUCGUAGGGAACGACUCGACCAUCGAACAACCGAAACUAAUAAACUUAUUAUUAGGUUGGAUCGACUGUUAAGAUUUUAUGGAUCAGACCGCAAACAGCAAGAACAGGAACUAGUGGCUUGGUUGGAUGGUUCCACUGUCACUCGGUGCCCUUCAUGUGCUUCUAGUUUUAACAUUACAAGAAGACAGCAUCAUUGUAGGCUGUGUGGGAGUAUCAUGUGCAACUCUUGUUCCUAUUUUUUGCCAUAUGAGACAGCGCAAGCUAUAGUUGCCCCCGUUCACAACGUCGACGUAAACAACAGGGAGCAAGUCCAAGGCAAGGAACCUGACAGUCUACGUAUUUGCAACCACUGCCUUGACAUGCUUGAAAGCCGCAGACGCGUCCAACUUGAACAAAUGAGACAACCAAUAAUCUGCCAACUGUAUAACCAUUUACAAAACCUCAAAUCACAGACACAGAGCUCCGUUGAUUUAUAUUUGAAAAUGUAUAAUUCCCUCACUUCAGGGGAAACCACAUUUCAUCUUCAGGAUACUCAAGCUUUAAGAGCCACAAUUGCCAAAAAAGCUGAAUCAAUUGACAUUUUAAGUAAAAAAAUCGCAUCCUUGCCUGUAGAUGAAGAAACCCCAAAAGUAGAAUUAUUACAAAAUAGUAUAAGACGAGCUACAUCUCACUACAUUAAAGAUUAUCUACUAACGUUACCAGCGCCCCCUUCAAUACAAGAAUUGGAAAAAAUUAAACGGGAACGUUCUCUGAGAAACAUUGAGGAAGAAAAUCAAAUGGCAGUGAAAACGAAUAUAAAAAGGGUGACAGUGACCACGGGAUGGUCACCUGCAGCUGUCAGUAACGACAAUACAGAAGCUGAGGACCCACUUAUUGAACAAAUGAAUAUUGUAAGAAAUUAUAUUGAUCAAGCCAGAAAAGCACAACGGUUUGAAGAGGUGGCCUCACUUCAGGAAAAUUUGAAAAUGUUGAAGGAGACGUACAAACAUCAACAAUUAAUGAGAGACAGUUAAAUUGUGGUUUUGGAUUGUUUAAACUUUUUUUUAUAUAAAUUGGUGCUGAUUUAUCCGAACAAAUUAUAUAAUAAAAAUGUCGGAAUUAUUUAUUAAAUAACUGCAUGUUUCCACUAGUCACUGUUGCACUGUUUCAUUAUUUACCAAAAUAUAAUCAAUUUUUUAUUUUUA